AUGGAAGAACUUAAAAAAGUUCCUCCUAUGAAACAACGUCAAUUAGUUACAUAUAUUAAUCAUUUCAUUACUUCCACUGUAACAUUUUUAAACAAUUUCAUGACUCAUUGUGAAGCAAAGAUGAUGAAAUCUGAACAACGGUUACAAAAAAUUUCAGCUUCUUUGUGUAUAUUAGAAACUAAGUUAAAUUCUGUUCCUGAAUUACGAGAACUGGAAUCAUCUCAAUUUCAAAAAAGUGAACCUCCCAGCAAUCAAUUAAAAGAUAAUUCAAAUAAUAUUGAAGUAACCAAUGAACAUAAAAAAAUUGAGGCAACCGAUGGACUUAAUAAAUCUGAGACAACUGAUAAACAUGGUGAAACUGAAGACAAUAUUAUUUCAGAACCAGUUGUUGUAGAUGAAAGUCCUAGUGAGCCAAUUGUGGAUCCAACAAUAUUAAAAUAUCGUAAAAUGAUUCAAUUUGGUGUGCCUAGAGGCGCUGUUGAAUUAAAAAUGGUCAAUGAAGGGUUGGAUCCUAAACUACUGUGAUAUAUCUUUAUGAUUUAUAAUUUCUUGUAUAGUGAUUUAUAUAACAAAACAUUUAGUGAACAUUAAUUUUUUUACAUGAACAUUAUCUUAUUACCACAUAACAGUUAACUUAAUUGUAUGUGGAUCCUUGGGAGACACUGGGGGCAUAUGCCCCUCCCGUUCACAAAAAAAAAUAUAAUGUUUUAUUUCUAUAUGUUUUUAAUUUAAGUGUCCCCUCAGUACAAAGAUUCUGGAUACACCCUGGUGUGUAUUAUGUCUAAUGCCAUACAAAAAACUGGGGGACACUUAAGGUAUUGCAAUACCAUAACUUAUGUUAUCAUAAUUUUUUUUUUCAUGUACCAAUAAUAUGCCAGCAUUUUUUAUAUUUUUGCUCUGAGAAAACAUCGGACACACAUAUCUCCUCCGUAAAAACACCACUGUUGUGUCAUUUGUGAUAAAAUAAUUAAAUUAAUAAUUAUACUUAUAAGACUUAUAUAAUUCUA